AUGGCCUCCACUUGCUCCUUUGUCUUGGUGCUAGGCAUCAUGUCCUUCGGGCUGCUGGCCCUGCCGGCCUCAUCCGUUGGGGCCACUGCUGCAGGCGCCGCCGGUGCCACUACUGCCGGUGCCGCCGGUGCCUCCAUGCAGCUUCGAGAGGAUCUUCGCCUGAUGGAGAUCGCAGGCUGCUGCGACAUAUGUCAGGCAUGCCUCGUCGACACCUUCCAGGCGUGCUUUGAUUUCCGCCCCGCGAGGUUCGCUGCCUGCUUCAUCAAGUACAUAGUCAAAGAGAAGUGCAUCGGCAUGUAG